AUGACAGAAUUGCUAGCAGAGCGCAUCCCGGAAGAGUUGGCCUCAGUUGCCUAUCCCGGGCCAGUAGCACCAACGGGUGUUGAAGAAGGCGAUGAGCACGACGAACCACUACAUGAAACUCAAGAAAAAGCUAGACACGACAGCGUGCUCGCUCUUUUAAGUCCCGAGAACAAACGUUGGAUGAACAUACUAUAUUUUGCCGGUUCUUGUUCGGUCAAUCUUAUUCUCCCGUUUUUGAACGGCCUCAUGCUUGGAUUUGGAGAACUCAUAGCACAUGAAAUAAGCUGGAAAUUCAAUUGGUUUAAGAGAUCAAACUCCGGGUACAAGAUCUACCCUGAAUCACGGAAAUUUGCCGCUCGAGAAGCGGAGAAAAAGGAGCACGCCUUCCUAUAA